AUAGCAGAUAGGGGAAGCAGAGCGAAGCAGAAGCAGAAGCAGGCAAGAGUCGAGCAGGAAGAAAGAGAUGGCGCCCAUCAAGCUGUACGGGAUGAUGCUGUCGGCCAACGUGACCCGCGUGACCACGCUGCUCAACGAGCUCGGCCUCGACUUCGACUUCGUCGACGUCGACCUCCGCACCGGCGCCCACAAGCACCCCGACUUCCUCAAGCUUAACCCUUUCGGCCAGAUCCCGGCGCUGCAGGACGGGGACGAAGUUGUCUUCGAGUCGCGCGCCAUCAACCGGUACAUCGCGACCAAGUACGGGGCGGCCCUGCUGCCGACGCCGUCGGCCAAGCUGGAGGCGUGGCUGGAGGUGGAGUCGCACCACUUCUACCCGCCGGCGCGGUCGCUGGUGUACGAGUUGGUCAUCAAGCCCAUACUGGGCGCCCCCACCGACGCGGCCGAGGUGGACAAGAACGCCGCCGACCUCGCCAAGCUGCUCGACGUCUACGAGGCCCACCUCGCCGCCGGGAACAAGUACCUGGCCGGCGACGCCUUCACGCUCGCCGACGCCAACCACAUGUCCUACCUCUUCAUGCUCACCAAGACCCCCAAGGCGGGCCUGGUGGCCUCCCGCCCGCACGUCAAGGCCUGGUGGGAGGAGAUCUCCGCCCGCCCCGCCUGGGCCAAGACCGUCGCCUCCAUCCCCCUCCCGCCCGGCGUCUGAGGCUGCCGGCGCCGCCGUGGGUUCGAUUUGCUUGCUUGCUUAGCUGCGGCGAGAAUGGAAUAAAAUCGCGAUGAUGGAAUAAACAACUUUUUAGAGAGGAAGCUUGGAAUUCUUGGCGUCGUUGAUGAUGUUGAAUGUUGGAUCUUGGUGUUGAAUGUUCAUGGCGCAUCUGUUUAUCCGGUUUUUGGCUUGAAA